AGUGCCCGUACGCGAUAAACUCACCUCCUCUCCACCUGACACCGCCACGCUCCUACCGGAACCACCAUAAUCCACCAUCGAUCCACUUCAACUGAACCACCAUUAUCAACCAUAUCACCGCCAGAUCUAACAGGAGAAACCCGGGGGGAUGGCUUCUUCGGAAGCCGAUUCCCGUCUCAUCAACAACAUUUUAGUCCCUGCGCUAGAAAAAAUCAUCAAGAACGGUUCAUGGCGCAAACACUCCAAGCUUGUUCGUCGGUGUAAAUCCGUUCUCGGACGCAUUACCUCUCCGGAUAACCCUCCUCCUCCUUCCCCUAUCUCCCCUUCCACCCCUCUCACCCCGGAUGAGCCUCAAUCAGGCGUCGACUUGUCGUUACAAUUAUCGUCUCCAGGCGUUCUACAUGAUUCCGGAACGAAUGAAUUAACCCUACCUGAAUCGGAAUUCAUAUUGUCCCCGAUCAUUAAUGCCUGUUCUUCGGAAACUCUCAAGAUCGUAGAGCCAGCGUUGGAUUGUAUACAGAAAUUAAUCGCGCAUGGUUGUUUACGCGGCGAAUCGGAUACCACCGGUGGACCGGAUGCGAAGCUUUUAGCAAAACUGAUCAAUUCCGUUUGCAAGUGUCAUGAAUUAGGCGACGAAGGUGUAGAGUUGUUGGUUUUGAAGACAAUUUUAUCUGCAGUGACAUCAGUGUCGCUGAGGAUACACGGUGAUAGUUUGUUACAGAUCGUGAGGACGAGUUAUGAUAUCUAUUUACAAAGUAAGAAUGUUGUUAAUCAGACUACGGCUAAGGCAUCCUUGAUUCAGAUGCUUGUGAUUGUGUUUAGGAGAAUGGAGGCAGAUUCUUCAACGGAGCUUGUUCAGCCGAUUGUAGUGGCGGAGCUCAUGGAGCCAGUAGAGAAGACAGAAGAUAGUGAUGGAACAAUGACAAUGGUUGUUCAAGGGUUUAUCAGUAAGGUUAUGCAGGGAGUGGAUGGGGUUAUAAAUCCCGGGUCUCCUGUAACAUCAAACACGAAUGUAACUGUAGUGCAUGAUGGGGCGUUUGAAACAAAGACAUCAACAAUGGAGUCAACAAAUCCAGCUGAUAUGUUGGAUUCUACAGAUAAAGAUAUGUUGGAUGCGAAGUAUUGGGAGAUUAGCAUGUAUAAGUCAGCAUUGGAGGGAAGGAAAGGAGAAUUAGUAGAGGUGGAAGGAGACAGAGAUGAUGACAUAGAGGUUCAAAUUGGGAAUAAACUGAGAAGGGAUGCUUUUUUGGUCUUUAGAGCUCUUUGUAAGCUAUCUAUGAAGACGCCUCCAAAAGAGGCUUUAGCAGACCCACAGUUGAUGCGAGGGAAGAUUGUUGCCUUGGAGUUGCUAAAGAUCUUGUUGGAGAAUGCAGGUGCUGUUUUCAGAACUAGUGAAAGAUUUUUGGGCGCCAUUAGACAGUAUUUAUGCCUAUCACUACUGAAGAACAGCGCAUCAACCCUUAUGAUUAUAUUUCAGCUCUCUUGCUCGAUUUUCAUUAGCCUCGUGUCAAGAUUUAGACCUGGAUUGAAGGCAGAAAUUGGAGUCUUUUUCCCUAUGAUUGUUCUCAGAGUUCUAGAGAAUGUUGCUCAGCCUAAUUUUAAGCAGAAAAUGAUUGUAUUGCGGUUUCUUGAAAGGCUCUGUGUUGAUUCACAGAUCUUGGUAGAUGUUUUCAUCAACUAUGAUUGCGAUGUUAAUUCAUCUAACAUAUUUGAAAGAAUGGUGAAUGGGCUUCUGAAAACCGCUCAAGGUGCGACACCUGGAGUUAGCACUUCACUUUUACCACCUCAAGAAGCAACCAUGAAGCUUCAAGCUAUGAAGUGUUUAGUGGGUAUUUUAAAGUCAAUGGGUGAUUGGAUGAACAAACAGUUACGAAUUCCUGAUCCUCAUUCUGUAAAAAUAUCUGAUGUGCCUGACUACACUCGUGAAAUGAGAAAUUCAAUAAUGGAAAAUGGGGUUGCAAUUGAACACGAGCCUCUUGAUGGAUCAGAUCCUCAUUCAGAUGCUUCCAAUGAAGUUUCAGAUGCUUUAACAAUCGAGCAACGUCGUGCUUACAAGCUUGAAUUUCAGGAAGGUAUAUCACUUUUUAAUAGGAAACCCAAAAAGGGAAUUGAAUUCUUGAUCAAUGUGAAUAAAGUGGGAAGUUCACCAGAAGAAAUAGCAGAUUUCUUAAAAAACGCUUCUGGUUUGAGUAAAACUUUGGUUGGUGAUUAUUUGGGGGAAAGGGAUGAUUUAUCAUUGAGAGUAAUGCAUGCGUAUGUUGACUCCUUUGACUUUGAAGAAAUGGAGUUUGAUGAGGCAAUUAGAACCCUUUUAAUGGGCUUUAGGUUGCCUGGUGAAGCACAAAAGAUUGAUAGGAUUAUGGAAAAGUUUGCAGAACGUUAUUGUAUAUGCAAUCCAAAGGCAUUCAUUAGUGCUGAUACAGCCUAUGUUCUUGCUUACUCUGUUAUAAUGCUGAAUACUGAUGCUCACAAUCCCAUAGUCAAGAAUAAGAUGUCAGCUGAUGAUUUUAUAAGAAACAAUCGGGGGAUAGAUGAUGGAAAUGAUUUACCAGAGGAGUUUCUGAGGUCAUUGUUUGAACGAAUAUCAAGAAAUGAGAUUAAAAUGAAAGAAGAUGAUUUAGCCCUUCAACAAAGGCUUUCUGUUAGUUCAAACAAGAUUUUGGGUCUUGACAGUAUAUUGAAUAUUGUGGUGCGCAAGACAGCUGAAGAAAAUCAUACCAGUGAAGAUCUUAUGCGACACAUGCAAGAACAAUUUCAAGAAAAAGCACGGAAAUCUGAGUCAGUUUAUUACGCUGCUACAGAUGUUUUUAUACUAAGAUUGAUGCUAGAGGUGUGUUGGGCUCCUAUGCUUGUUGCUUUUAGUGUUCCUCUUGAUAAAAGCGAUGAAGUCAUUGUUAUCACUCAAUGUUUGGAAGGAUUUCGUCAUGCAAUUCAUUUAACAGCAGCCAUGUCCAUGAAGACUCAUAGAGAUGCUUUUGUCACUUCACUAGCAAAGUUCACUUGCCUUCAUUCACCAGCCGAUAUAAAACAGAAAAACAUCGAUGCCAUCAAGGUGAUAGUUACAAUUGCAGAUGAAGAUGGUGAUUAUCUACAAGAAGCAUGGGAACACAUUCUAACAUGCAUCUCACGUUUUGAACACUUACAUCUAUUAAGAGAAGGGGCCCCACUAGAUUCCGCUUUCUUUUCACACGAAUCAGGAACAAAGUCAAAACAAAAAAAGUCAAACGUCCUUCCGGUUCUUAAGAAAAGAGGGGCUGGAAGAAUCCAUCAUCAGGCAGCAGCUGCAGCAAUUAGAAGAGGUGCAUAUGAUAGUUCAAACAUUGGUGGUGAUACUUCUAGUGGAAUUACAUCAGAACAAGCUUAUAAUUUGGUAUCUAAUUUGAAUAUGUUGGAACAAGUUGGUGAAAUGAGUCGUGUGUUUACAAAUAGUCAGAAACUUAAUAGUGAGGCGAUUGUUGACUUUGUCAAAGCGCUUUGUAAGGUGUCUAUGGGGGAGCUACAGUCUACUUCUGCUCCACGGGUUUUCAGCCUAACAAAGAUAGUUGAAAUCGCGCACUAUAACAUGGAGCGAAUCCGGCUUGUUUGGACAACUAUCUGGAAUGUACUUUCUGAAUAUUUUGUGACAAUAGGCUGUUCUGAAAACCUCUCAAUUGCAAUAUUUGCAAUGGAUUCUUUACGCCAGCUGUCAAUGAAGUUUUUGGAGAGGGAAGAAUUGGCUAAUUAUAAUUUUCAAAACGAGUUCAUGAAACCUUUUGUGAUUGCUAUGGGUAAAAGUAGUGCUGUUGAGAUCAGAGAAUUAAUAAUCAGAUGUGUCUCUCAAAUGGUUUUAUCCCGCGUCAAUCAUGUCAAAUCAGGAUGGAAAAGCAUGUUUAUGGUGUUCACAACAGCAGCAUAUGAUAAACAUAAAAACAUUGUACUUCUUGCAUUUGAAGUAACUGAGAAGAUAGUUCGAGACUAUUUCCCGUAUAUAACUGAGACAGAAACAACUGCUUUUACAGAUUGUGUAAAUUGUUUGAUUGCAUUCACAAAGAGUAAAUCCAACACUGAUAUUAGUCUCAGUGCUAUUGGAUUCCUUCGUUUAUGUGCUUCAAAACUGGCUGAAGGAGAAAUUGGAUUUUCAAGAAAUAAAGAGAAAGAAGGUUCUGAAGUUUUGCAAUCACCAAGUCGUGUGAGAUCCCCACAUCAAGGAAGGAAAUUUGAAAAUGGGGACUUGUUGGAUAAAGAAGAUCUUCUUUACUUCUGGUUUCCAUUAUUGUCUGGGCUAUCUGAACUUAGCUUGGACCCACGAUCUGAAAUCAGACAAAGUGCUCUCCAAACACUAUUCGAAACCCUAAAAACCUAUGGACACCGCUUUUCCUUACCCUUAUGGGAAAGAAUAUUCGAAUCCGUAUUAUUCCCAAUUUUUGAUUACAUCCGAUACGCAAUCGAUCCAUCUAAUGAUCACAACCCUCCAUCCAAAAAACUAAUCAUCGGUCACGAUGAACAACAAGAACUCGAUCUCGAUCAAGAUCCAUGUUCAUGGCUAUACGAAACCUGCACACUUUCACUCCAAUUAAUCGUCGAUCUCUUUGUUAACUUCUAUCAUAUUAUUAGCCCGAUUUUAAAGAAAAUCAUGAAUUUAUUAUUAAAUUUUAUAAAACGACCUCAUCAGAGUCUUGCGGGGAUUGGAAUUGCUGCGUUUGUGAGGUUGGUGAGUAAUGCGGGUCAGCUCUUUGAUGAUGAUGAUGAUAAAUGGGUUGAAGUUGUUUUCAGUUUGAGAGAUGCGGCUUAUUUCACACUUCCUGAUUUUGAAUUUGUGUUUAAUAAUAAUAAUAAUAAUAAUAAUAAUAAUAAUAAUAAUGUGGAAAGUGGGGAGAAUGGGAGCAAUAGCAAUGUGCUUUUGUUUGGUGCGAUUUCCAAUGUUAAAUGUCGGGCAGCCGUUCAGCUUUUGUUGAUACAGGCAAUUAGCGAGAUCCAAAACAUGUAUCGAUCUCAACUAUCAAUAAAAAACACCAUGAUUCUUUUUCAAUCAAUCCACAAAAUCGCAAACCACUCUCACAACAUAAACACAAAUCUCGCCUUACGUUCAAAGCUCCAAGAACUCGGAUCCAUGACCCAAAUGCAAGAUCCGCCAUUACUCCGGCUAGAAAACGAAUCCUACCAAAUCUGCCUCACAUUCCUACAAAAUCUCACAACCGAUAAACCCCCAAAUCCACAAGUCGAAUCCUACCUUGUUGACCUCUGUCACCAAGUCCUCGAAUCUUACGUGGACAUAGCACGUCCUGUGCAAAUUACGAAUUUGCCCUUCAACCAUUGGUUGAUACCUUUAGGGUCCGGGAAGAAAAGAGAACUCGCGGCUCGUGGGCCCCUUAUUGCCACUACCCUCCAUGCGGUCAGUAGUUUAAGGGAUUUUGAGUUUGAGAGGAAUUUGAAACGCUUUUUUCCGUUGGUUUCGAGCUUGAUUAAAUGUGAGCAUGGGUCGAAUGAGGUACAGGUGGCGCUUAGUGAUAUGCUUAGUUUGUCUGUGGGUCCCAUUCUUCUUCGGUUAUGUUGAAAAUGGUUAUUUUUAUUUAUUAUUCUACAUUUUUUAUUUAAUUUGAAAUAUAGUUCAUAGCUUAUGAAGGGUUUUCGGGAUUAGAUCGGUAGAAUGGUUAGCUUUGAUGAGG